AUGACUCAUGAGGGGCGCUGGCCUGGUAUAGACUUUUUCAAUUCCGGUGCAACAACUCAAGUCACAGUCCGUGAGAACUCUACCGCGUAUCAAAAAUACCGUGUGCUUCCCCGAGUCCUGAAAGAUGUGUCCAAUGUGAGCACGACGAUCCCUCUGUUCGGCCGGGACAUCGCCUUCCCACUAUGUGUCUCGCCCGCCGGACUCCAAGGAAUGGCACAUCCAGAUGGCGAGCUCGCGACCAGCAGGGCAUGUGCCAAAUAUGGCAUUAAUAUGGGGGUUUCGUCAUACGCCAACCACUCGGUUGAGCAAAUCACCAGCGCAGGGAAAGAGAUAGGACCUAUCCAUCAUGUCAUGCAACUCUACUCAAUGAAAGACCGCAAGAAGGAAGAACGCGUGGUUCGCCGCGCCGAAGCAGCGGGAUGCAAGGCUAUUUUCCUGACAGCCGAUAGCCCCGUGUUGGGCGUGCGGUAUAACGAAUGGCGAAAUGGAUUCCUGCCGCCGGCUGGCUUGGCCUAUCCUAUGAUGGAGACGACGUCGGAGCAGAUUCAGCAGCAGUCGCAUGACGAUGGAUUCAAGGCUUUCAAUGAUGACUCGCACUCCUGGGCUAAAGAGAUUCCAUGGUUGCGCAGUAUCACUAAGAUGGAGAUUUGGAUUAAGGGUGUGUUGACGCCUGAGGAUGUGGAGACUGCUAUCGAGUAUGGGUGUGAGGGUGUGAUAAUUAGCAACCACGGUGGCCGGCAGCUGGAUGAGACUCCAGCUACCCUCGAUGUUCUUCCAGCGUGUGCGAAGGCUGCUCGAGGUCGGAUCCGAAUUCAUAUCGAUGGGGGAAUUCGGUCGGGUACCGAUAUAUUUAAAGCUUUGGCUUUGGGUGCGGAAUGUUGCUGGGUUGGUCGUCCCAUGCUUUGGGGAUUGGCCUACAAGGGACAGGAUGGAGUAGAAUUGAUGCUCGAAAUCUUAUACCAGGAAUUCAAACGGUGCAUGCAGCUGGCAGGCUGUAAGUCCAUAUCCGAGAUCAGCACGUCGAGCAUUGGAAUUUUCCGCUCAGAUGGCCCGCUUGCAAGACUUUAG